UCUAAGCAGGAUGAGAAAGCAGCCGAAACGGCAGACGGGGCUUAAUUUAGGGUUUUACUUCAAAACCUAAAACCUGAAAGAUUUUCCCCUCUCCCUCUGUCUGAUCGCUGAAGGUUCUUGCCAAAGAUGCCGAAAUCAAAGCGCAAUAGGCCAGUGACCCUGUCAAAGACAAAGAAGAAAGGAAGGGAGCAUAAAGAGAAUGUAGUGAAUUCGAUACGAGAUGCUGUGGAAAAGUACGAUUCGGUCUACGUUUUCAGUUUUGAGAACAUGAGAAAUCUCAAGUUCAAGGAGUUCAGAGAGCGGCUCAAGUCUUCAAGCAGAUUUUUUCUUGGGUCAAACAAGGUUAUGCAGGUUGCCUUGGGUAGGUCUGUUGCUGAUGAGAUCAGAUCAGGUCUUCAUAAGAUCUCUAAGCUUCUACGUGGAGAUUCUGGACUCUGUUUCACUAGUUUGCCAAAAGAAGAGAUCCAAAGACUAUUUGAUGAAUAUGAAGACUACGACUUUGCUAGGACUGGAAGCACUGCAACAGAAACGGUGGAGCUUAAAGAAGGUCCUCUUGAUCACUUCACCCAUGAGAUGGAACCCUUCUUGCGCAAACAGGGAAUGCCUGUAAGGUUGAACAAAGGAGUUGUGGAGCUUGUGUCAGACUUUGUUGUGUGUGAAGAAGGAAAACCGCUAUCACCUGAGUCUGCUCGCAUACUCCGUCUCUUGGGUAUUAAGAUGGCUACCUUCAAACUCCACUUAAUAUGCCGAUGGAGCUCAGAGGACUUCGAAGUUUAUAAAGAAGGGUUGGAAGAUUCAGAUGUUGAGUCCUCAUAGGCUUCGGAAAUUACAAAACUCUCGCCACUAUGGAACACUCUACACGGCCGGGUUUGCAAUUUAAAAGUGUUGAGCCUUGUGCAUCCUGAAGUUUUGGCAAUAUUUGACUUAUAGAUGGAUUAUCUAUUGUCAAAUAGUUUUUGAUAAAAUGUCUAAGAAAUCUAUUUUUCGGUUUUAAGGGCUCUGAAAUUUUCAGCAAUAGCUUAGAAAAUCCAUUUUAGUUUAUGUAAUGUGAAAACUGCUCAGAUUAUUGAGUUGUAACAUGAUAUUGAGUGUUGAUUUAUUUCUGCCAUCCAUAUAGUGUGAACUUACAAGAGUCAAUUCACGAAGGUGUUCUAGUUAUUAUU